AUGGAUAACAAUGAGCUCAUAAGAGUAAAAAACAGAGCCAGUAACUUUACGAAUGAGUGUAAACCUCAAACUGAUUUUAUUUUCUUACCGCCAAAACAUAGAGUAUCGUACCUUAUAUGUGCGCACUAUCAUGAACGAUUUUAUCACAUCCAACAUGAAACUGCUUUAAAUGAGGUCAGACAAUUGUAUUUCAUAACAAAAUUAAGACCAUUAUUCAAAUCGAUGCGACGAAACUGCAACGUAUGUAAAAUUUCAUCGGCAAUACCUCAAGCGCCGCAAAUGGCCUUACUUCCCCCAGCACGACUAGCAGCUUUUCAACGUCCAUUUACUCAUGUGGGUAUUGAUUAUUUUGGACCAAUGGUGGUUAUUGAGAAUCGCAAAGCACUGAAAAGGUGGGGUGUUAUAAUAACUUGUUUGACUAUCAGAGCCGUUCACAUCGAAAUCGCCCAUAGUCUUAGUACUGACUCAUGCCUAAUGUGUUUAAGAAAUUUUAUUGCCAGACGAGGAGAACCUAUCACCAUCUACAGCGAUAAUGCAACGAAUUUUCACGGUGUCGAGAACGUUUUAAGAAAGGAGUUGAAGAACAUUGAUUCCUCGGUUAUGCAACACAAGCUAGCUCAUCAAGGAAUAGACUGGAAAUUUAAUCCACCGGCAGCACCACAUAUGGGAGGAGCGUGGGAGCGACUGAUUAGAACAAUUAAGACAGUGCUGUAUCAAAUUUCGCCAUCUCAACGUUUUACGGAUGAAAGUUUACGUACUGCAUUACUUGAAGUUGAAAUGAUCAUCAACUCGCGUCCUUUAACCUACGUGUCACUCGAUAGUGAAGAUGAGGAUCCAAUAACUCCAAACCAUUUCUUGUUGGGGAGCGCUAAUGGUUUAAAACCAUUUUGUGAUGCUAAGAGAAUCGAUCCAAAGAUGUGCCUGCUACAAUCUGAGAUGUUUGCAAAUCAAUUUUGGCGACGAUGGGUGCGUGAGAUACUUCCGACAUUAACGCGUCGCGGCAAAUGGUUCAAUAAAGUGAAACCCAUUACGGUAGGAGACGUUGUGCUGAUAGUUGAUGAAACGGCUAAGAGAAAUACUUGGGUAAAAGGCAUAGUUAUCGAGACAACUGUAGCGAAAGACGGCCAAGUAAGACGAGCUAAGGUCAAAACAACAAAAGGCUUUUUGGAGCGCCCUGCCGUAAAGCUGGCCAUUCUGGAUAUCGGCAAAGUUGACGCAAACGACAUUGGGGUCGCCUGCGGGGAGGAGAAUGUUGCCGAAAAUUGCGAAUAA